GUAUAUCUUGAAAGACUUUUAACUUAUGCAGAGAUAGAUAUUUGUCCAGCAAACUGGAAGCGAAUUGUACUGGGUGCAAUUCUACUGGCAUCCAAAGUUUGGGACGACCAGGCUGUGUGGAACGUGGAUUACUGCCAGAUCCUGAAAGACAUCACGGUUGAAGACAUGAAUGAGCUAGAACGCCAGUUUCUUGAGCUGUUGCAGUUCAACAUUAAUGUUCCCUCCAGUGUUUAUGCCAAGUAUUAUUUUGAUUUGCGUUCCCUGGCAGAAGCAAAUAACCUGAGUUUUCCUUUGGAGCCCCUCAGCAGAGACAGGGCAUAUAAACUUGAGGCCAUUUCCCGCUUGUGUGAAGAUAAAUACAAGGACUUCAGGAAAGCUGCAAAGAAACGGUCAGUCAGUGCUGACAAUCUGACUGUGGUUAGAUGGUCCCCUGCUAUUAUCUCCUAACAGAGGAGACUGGAAUAUUCCCACGGACGUACUGUUUCAUCCAUCCAUUUUUUUCGGGGUGGGCUGGGG